GACCCACCCCUAAGUCAGCAAAGGAUUCUUUCCGGGAAAGAUCGAGAUUGAGAAAGAAGGGUCAAUUCCAACGAAUACAACCAAAACCACUUGUUAAUGUGGGGGUGAACACUAUUGCAUCUAAUCUAAUCAAUGACGCUGAAAGGAACUCACAAACUAAAUUUAAUGCCGGGAAUGAUUUUCUACGAUCCCCCGAAACUUCUUCGCCUGACAUUACUGAAUAUCCUACGCAACUUUCACAAAAUCCGCUAAGCAUGGAACAAGAAAAUAAUGAUCUUACUCGCUUUCAGCGAUAUGGGAUGAAUAAUGACCAUCUUUACCUGGCGAACAUGACCACAUGUUCUUUGAUAGAUCCACCGAUUGUACCUUCGCACAUUGUUCACACACCGACUAAUAUAGAAUUUCCCUCUUCACCUACGUCUCUGCCGUGCGUUUCGUCUUCCUCCUUACCUUACAAUUUACCUUUCUCUGGAACUUCCUCUCUAAUAAUGUUUAGCAAAAAUAAACAAACUGAUGAUCUGACUCAAAAUACGACUUUCCCUGAGGAACUGUUCUUUUCGAAUUGUGAUGAUUUGAUUUCAGAUGAUUUUUGUUCUUUGCCUACAGGAAUCUAUUCUGAGAUUGAUUCUAAUUCAACUGUGAAUAUGAAUGCUGACACGUUUAUGAAUGCUGUUCUUUUGCCCAUGAAUGUUGCCGAUAUUUAUAAUGUUGAAAAUACGAAUGAUGUUGUCUCUCCCAUGAAUACAGUCCCCACCAACAUUAACGUAAAUGCGAAUAUUUAUGACACUAUAAAUUCGAACAUUACCAACGCAAUAUUUUGGAUGUCAGGUGAUCCGCGUGAUAAUGAACAUUGA